UCGAUUAUAACUAAUUUCACGUAUUACGUGUACGAAACUGAACAUAACAAAUUUGUCGUGAUGUGGGUAAUCAUUAAAUUUAGAUAACGCAUAGUAAUGAACAACAUGUGAUGAUAGAUUAUAAAGGUGGAGAGUCUAGAAAAAAAAUUGGUCUUUAGGUGUACAGAAGAUCGUAAUAAUACACCAAUGGCCUAUCAAACUUUCCGGCAAGAGUACAUGCAAAUACCUGUGGUGACACGAGCUUAUACAACAGCUUGUGUCAUCACGACUCUUGCUGUGCAACUAGAUUUGGUAUCUCCAUUUCGGUUGUAUUUUAAUCCCACAUUAAUCAUUGAACAGUAUCAGUUAUGGAGAUUAAUCACUACAUUUUUAUUUCUUGGAAAUAUGGGUUUCAAUUUUCUUUUCAAUAUGAUCUUUACUUAUCGAUAUUGUCGAAUGUUAGAGGAAGGAUCAUUUCGUAGAAGAACAGCUGAUUUUGUAAUGAUGUUCAUUUUUGGAGGUAUAUGUAUGAUUACAUUUGCAUUUUUUGUUAAUUUGUUAUUUUUGGGCCAUGCACUUACAAUUAUGUUGGUUUAUGUUUGGUCCCGAAGAAAUCCAUUUGUUAGAUUAAACUUUUUUGGACUUUUAAAUUUUCAAGCACCAUAUUUACCAUGGGUGCUCCUUGGGUUUUCUGUACUUCUUGGUAAUACAAUUUGGGUAGAUUUAGUUGGGAUGGCUGUGGGACACAUGUAUUAUUUUGCAGAAGAUGUAUUUCCACGUUUACGAGGAGGUUUUCGUGUUCUUAAAACUCCACAAAUAUUAAAAACUUUAUUUGACGCACAUCCAGAAGAUCCAGAUUAUACUCCACCUCCUGAAGAUCGUCCUGGUGGAUUUAAUUGGGGUCAAGAAGCCAAUAUGCAAUGAUUCUAAAAUCAAGGUUCUGCUUCCAAAUCAUCUCUUACCAAUUGGCAUAUCAAGUAAACUUUUAUAUUGCUAUAUAUGCAACAUUGUUCCUUGAUUUUUCAAAUUACUAACAAAAAAAACUAAAUAUUUGCAGCCUUGAUAUUAUGUAAAAUGUAAUGAGAAACUUAUAACAAAGAUAAGAUUUCUAAUUUUUUACAGGGGUUACAAUUUUUCAGAGAAAAAUUUCUGUAUUAAAUGUAAUAGUUGUAUCUAUUUCAAAAUAUAUUAUGCAAAUAAUACAUAUUAAUGAAAACAGUAUUUCUCAGAUAAUCGACUAUUGUGAUACAUUUAUAAUGCUCACGAUUUUCCGAGAAUACGAAAGAGUUUCAUAUUCAUAACACAUUUAUUAAAAAUGAAAUAUUUUAAAAUAUAUUCUUCUAUUUAUUAAAAUAGAUUGUAACAAAUAUAUUAUAAUUUUCAAAAUAACUAUAUAGUACAAAAUUAAAAAUAUCUUUAAAAUAAAAUUAUAUUUCUUAUUUAUAAGUCAUAAUCUAUGUUUUCUUUUAUAAUUCAUUCUUCAGUAAAUAUUUUAUUUGUCAUGAGAUUUGUUAAAAUACUGUUUUCACAAUUAUAUUGUAAACAAUAUAAAUUUUUACUACAAUCUUGUGCCUGAUACAAUGUAAAAUUUUAACUAAACAUAGAAAAUUACAAUUUCUAUAUCUUUGCUGCGUAAUAUUUGGUUAAACAAAAAAAAAAAAAAAAAAC